AGUCGCUCUCGAACCGUUGGGCUGCGAGAGUUCAGGCGGCCAUUACAUCCGUGUGCUCCUCUCCGGUAUUUAUUCCCCUCUCCGAUGUGUGCCGCUCGUCCUCCGUGAGAGUUGCAUCGUGUGUUCCUUUUUCCACGAAUCUUCGCGUGUGUGUACGCAAAGCUGGUUCAGCGUAAGUGAGCAGUGAUGCUGUACAGCUAGACACAGGAGAGUUUGUGUAUAUAUAUAUAUGGGUGCGCUUGCGUUUGUUUACAAACGUUACAGCCUCGCCUGCGGUGGGGAGGGAGAGCAGGACGAGCUUGCGGCGAUUUGGAUGACAGCCGAAAGCCGUUAAUCGGAACUGGAUCGUCCAAGUGGCAUUGUUGACUCGCUGAAACUCCAUUGGCGGCGCACUUUUUUCGAGGCUGGCUGGCUCAUUGAAUGCACAGAUAGACGUCAGACGAAAGAGCAUCAUCGACAACAACUCGAGGGAGAGGCAGAGAGUAUUAGGCACCGAUGCAGCUGUCCCGAUGAUGAACGAGUUCGCCGAUCAGCAGCGUCCGUUCAACCGGAAUGGGAAGGCACUCAGGUAUUUCUUCCAGAGCGUCCAAAAAGAGUGCGUUGUACUACACGACGGACUGCGGUGGUGACGAGAACGACAACUUCGAGCACAACCUCCAGCAGCGCAGCGUUUCUUUGACGGCUCUACACACGAGUAGCGGAUCGCCGCAGCAGCAGCAGCUCACAGAACCGAGAAUGGCCCAUCUGGAAACGUUAGAGGCAAAGAUGGCUAGCAUAGAAGUAUCACUGUCCUCGACACCGAGACGAAAAAAGGGCGGCAGCGUUUCCGGCGGCAUGACCUCACCAGCGGCUCAUCGGAAUCGAGACUAUUACAAGGAGUUGGACUCGCUACGGGUUGCCCUGCGAGACAAGGAGAACAUUAUUCAAACGCUGAAGGGUCAACUGUGCAAUACACUGAGCAACCGGUUGGCGUUGCGCAAUGGAGCGCCGCCCCUCACGGAGGCGGACAGGAAGGCCACCGAGGAACGUCUUCAAAGGCUCAGACGAGACGCCGACAACAAGAGACUCGCCAUAAAGAACUUGAAACUCGCCCUCGAGCGGCUGGAUAUAACUGACAAUAUCGACGUAAGAAUCCAACAGGCGGAACUCGAAUACAGACUCGGGAGGGAAGAGCUGGAACUUUUGUCGCUGCGAGAAGAGAGCAGAGCACUUCAAGCGGCUAUAGAACUCGCGGAAACUCAAGAGAAACAAAAAAACGAUACUAUUUUCAGCUGCAUCACCGGAUCCACCCAAAUAACGAUACACGCUGUGGAAGUUAGCGCAGACCCGAAGAGUCCUCGUUUUGGCGCAGGACCUCGGGAAGACGCCGCAGGGCUCUAUGUCGACUGGGCUAUUGAAGAUUCCGGCCUUUGUAAAGGAGAUAGAAUCCUCGAAGUGAACGGCAAACUAGUAGUCGGCGCAGGUCGCAGCGAUUUGGCGCGUCUCUUAGCAGUAGCUCCAGACGCCGCUCAGAUCGUGGUCCUCCGCAAGAACGAGUCUCUGGCAGCCCUGCGGACUUUGCGAUCGGACAACCUUCGUUUGACUCACCGCAUCAGCUAUCUCGAGGAACAGGUUCGCGAUCUGCUGGCCCCGAGGACGGAGAUGCCCGUCGACAGCAGCACCACAGCCGUCAUCGAGUCGCCACCCGCCAGAAAGGAUCACCUUCAGGUCUUUCAAAAGGGGCCCCAGGUGACAGCCCUGAUCUCCAGUAUGGGUCCUGGCCUGACCUUGAAAGGUUCCCCGGACACGCGACAGAGCCUUCCAAAUGUAAAAGCGAUGUCCGGUCGUCACAGCGAUUACUCCUCGACGGAGGCACUGUCCCAGCCGAGAACCUCGAGAAGCGGAAGACACAGCAGUGGAAAACUCCAGCACCAACAUCUGGCCAAAUCGACGGCCAGCCUCGACCUAAUGCAACAGCAGCAGCACUACCAGCUUCACAAUUCAUCGAUGAUGAACUCGUCCUCACCGAGACGGCAGAUGCAACAGCAGCAACAGAAGAGCAGCCGCAGUAAGCAGCAGCAGAUGCUCGAGUUCGACUCUGAGCCCACGUAUUACAGGAUGCAGGACAACCAAUCCCGAGCUUCGGAGCACUCCGAGGCCUCCACGACAGCCUACAGCUCUCAAGAAUACAGUAGCAGCAGCAACAAGAGUCGGCCGGCCCCUCCGAAAAAGCCCCUGCGUCUGUCUCUCCAUCGAGCGGCAAGUCUUCAAUCGGUCGAGAGCGCGCCACCCACGACGUCGAGCAGCAACCACCAUCAUCACCAGUAUCAUCACCAUCACCAUCAGGACAUGUACACGCCGUCGAAGAAACCGACGAAGCGCAACUACAGAGGCGAUCCUCCGGUUAACGAGUCCCAGCAACAGGAGGCACCGCAGCCACCCCCGAGGACACCAUCGAGAGCCGAGUCGUGUCAAAGCGCACUGAGAUGGCCGUCGCCCAAGCCCAGACCUCACCUUACUCAACUCUCCAUGGAGAAGUGGUGCUGACGGUUAAAGUCGACGGCGGUUUAGGCCACUGCCGUUGGAGCUUUUUCCACUGUCUGGAAUAUUUGAAGCCUCUCUACUCGCUACUGCUUUUAAUUUAGCUUCGGAGCAUCUCUGCAAAUAAGCGCUUUGGCUCUGAAGGGGGAAGUUUUUUAAUUUGUAUAUAGUUAGGUCGAGAUGAAAUAUUUUAUCAUUACUUCUUUGCGACUUUGGUGCUUUUUAAUAUGCAUUCGGUAGACUCUGUGUAUUGACAGUGUAACUAAUGGGACUGAUUUUAAGCGUGUAUAUAUUAUAGAGAAAGUUGUGUGCACCGCUUGCAAUCGAAUAUGAGGAAUGUUAAAGUAUUCUGGGACGCUUAGUGUAAUAAUGCAAUCAAACGAAGGGUUUUCUGGUAAAAAUGAAAAGAUUGCAUUUCGAGAAGAUUUAAAGAAUACUUAUACGUAUUCAGAUUAAACUACGCAUAGAAGCGACUAAAAUAACAUAAAAUGUUAAUGUCGAACCAAUAAUCCAUGAGAUAUCCAACAGGAAAAUAUUUUUGAAAAUUGAAUAUUUUCUAGAGUGCAAUUAAAUUUUGAAUCUAUAUGGCAAACUGAUUACGAUCAUGAUUCAAAAAGAUCUUUAACCAAGGGUUGUUAAACUCCUCUACUGUUCUACUGACGCAUUAAAAAGUAUUUCAAGUGACUAUCUAAUGCACUGAAGAAGUGUGCUAGUCCAUUUUAGUAAUGUAAAAUCGUAUCCGACUGUAUUUUUUUGACAUUAUUCUACUACAUCAACAUACUCUAUGCAAUAAUUUUGCAAUA